UCAGAUUUUCAUCCCUAAUUUCAGUUUUUCUGAAUCCUCCAAGAUCAAUUGGAGGAUUUGGAUGGAUUAGAUUCUUUUGGGUUUUUUUAAUUUAAUUUUUUGAGGGCCAAACUCAAUCAUACUGGGGAAUGUUCUUUCCUUAAUCUUCUAUCCACUUCUCAUAAUCGGCCCACAUCCACACACACAAGGUUUUGUUUAAUUUAAUUCAUUUAUUUGUUAUAUACGAAAGUGAUUGUCUCUGGGCGUGAUUCAGUUUUCGAUCUUUUUUGGUGGGAUUUUGGUAUAAUGGGUUGCGCUUCAUCGAAACAACGACCGCUAUGCCGGAACUGCCGAGGACCAUAUGCUCCGAUGAGUCGGAGCUAUUCAAUGCACGUCCACCACCCUCCACAGACGGACGGUGACAGCUAUCACGUCGUUGCCCUUACAUCCACUACCCUCGGAUAUCUUCAGCUCGAUCCAUCCAACUCCAAUGAGGUUCGCAGUGUGAAAAAUCCAGGUGUCGUUCAGAUUCGCCCAGAACCUGUUCGACAAAAUGAGUAUGAGAAGGACAGUAAGGAAUUUGCAGUUGGGGUGAUUGACGCUAAGACCUGGUCCAAGAUGAUCGAGGAAAAGAUCCCCAAAUUCGUUCCGAGAACACCAAUCAGAACACCUCCUGGUGAGCCGGAAACGAUCAAUGCUUGGGAAUUGAUGGAGGGUUUGGAUGAUACAAGCCCCCUCCGACCAAAAUCCACCACCAAUCACAUCCGUAGCUUCUCAUUUCAUGUUAAUCCCAAUUCGUUCACAUCUCCCCUCGAUGAAUCUGCAACAGAAUCGCAAGGAAAAGAUCCGCAAACUAAAAUAUCCGACAAACCAUCAUGUCUACAAACAACAGAGCACAACUCCGAUUCAAAUUCCAUUUUCAAUAUAAACGAUACAUCAGUGGCAUCGGAUUUUGAUACCGAGGUAAUUACUGCAUUCCGAAACUCAUUAGAAUUGCUACCGCCGGCGAACCCAUUUCACCUAAAGCCAUUAGUCAAUGAGAAGGAGCCGUCCUCGGACGGCUAUGGUGAUGAUCGAUUGGAGAUAACUAAUACCAAGAAAUCUUUACAAAAUGGCUUCGCCAGUGAUGGUAAAAACAACAGCCUUCCUCGUGUCAAAGAGAAAUUGGUUUUGUACUUCACAAGCUUAAGGGGAGUAAGGAAAACGUACGAGGAUUGCUGCCAUGUCAGAAACAUUCUGAAGGCCACCGGAGUUCGAAUGGAUGAGCGGGAUGUAUCGAUGCAUUCGGGUUUCAAGGAGGAAUUGAAAGAGCUAUUGGGUGGUUCUAUUGGUGGUGGACUGCCCAAGGUAUUUAUUGGGAACGAAUUCGUUGGUGGUGCUACGGAAAUCCGGCGAUUGCAUGAAGAUGGGCAGCUUGAGAAGGUGUUAGAAGGUUGUGAGACGAUGGAUGCUGGCGGUUUUGGUGGUUGUGGUGGUUGCGAGGCUUGUGGUGAUAUAAGAUUCGUGCCGUGUGAGACUUGUUCGGGUAGUUGUAAAAUUUACUACGAAGAUGAGUCUGAUGACGAAGAAAAAGAAGAGAGUGAUUAUGGGUUUCAAAGAUGUCCCGAUUGCAAUGAAAAUGGACUCAUAAGGUGUCCAAUUUGUUGUGAUUAACUUUUUCGGUAUCAAUUUUUUUGGUUUCUUUGGAUUGUAUAGUGAACGGGUUUUUUUCUCUUUUCCUCAGAGAAAAUUAUCUUGAUCAAUAGAUUUAUAAUGAAUACUUGGCAUUGAGCUUUUUUUUCU